CCGAUUGUGAAAUGCCGCAAAGCGACAAUUUGACAACUAUUUUUGAAGUUGAAAGAGAACACCCUCAAAUAUAUAUUGAUGAGAAAAGUAGUGGAUCCAACAUCGGAAGCAGUGAUUUUUCAAUAUCAAGUUAUUCCUCUUCUUCAGAAUGUGACCAAAUUGUCUUGCCUCUUUCAAAGAAACAGCAUAUUUUAGUACAAAAUCAGAUAGAGAAUUUCGACAGUAAAUUGGAUAUAUAUUUAUAAACGAAUAAAUUUUUGAAAUUUUUCAAGAGGCUUAUAAUUAGCUUAUUUUCUCGACCAAGUGUCUCUUUCUCUCUAAUAAUUAUCCACCCAUUAUUUAUAAUUUAAAAAAUUAUUUGGCUGAACUGCCACUUCAUGAAGAAGCAUGAGUAAAACAAGGAAAAUUCUGUCCUGGCGUAUAUCUAUUUAAAAUAUUUAUUUCCUCUUUUUAAGUGGCUGGCUGGGUAGAUCGAUACACCAAAAAGCUUGACCAUUGUUUGGCUUUUCUCAAGCUAUCGGCAUUUCUCCAGCAUUUUCGUUUAUUUUUUUUUGUUUAUGAGCAACAACUUAAAUUAAAUCUUGAGCUAGGAAAUUAAUGUUGAAAAUAUUCUAGACGACCAUAAGUUUCAGAACAAAAGAAGAAAGUUAACAAUAAUUUCCUCUUAUGGUAGGAAAUUAUUGUUAAAAAUGUUUUAGACGAUCAUAUGUUUCAGGAAUUCUUUCUAACAAUAAUAUUUAUUUAUUAUUUUAUCAAAUUUACAAUUUAAAAACGUCUGUUUUACGUAGCUAUAUUUUAAAUGUUAUUCUUCACUUCUAUCUCCCAUAUGGAUUUGGAUAAUCCAUCCGCUUAGAUUCAUCUGUAAACUCAUGAGUCUCAUUUGUAUUGAGCUCGCCCCCAGAAUAGUCACCUUCACUAUGCUCCGUUAUUUCAUUAUGUUCCGUUUGACUGCCGUAGUUGAAGUAAAUACAGGAUAUUAAUUUAAUGAAAUUUCCGUAAAAUAAAAUUGAGAGAAAAUAAAAUAAAAAUAAUAUUGAAAUCCUCAUUUCUUCAAAAAUUU